AGAAGACACAAGAAAAUAAAUCCCACUGCGUCGGGACUGUGAGAAAGAACCCAAGGUCCAUCACGGCACGAUCGCUUCAUCGAGCCAGCCACUUAAGCGAUCUGAGGUUCGAGAUCGAAUUGCAGGAGAAAAGGACGUGUUGUGUUUCGAUGUUGGAACCGCCGCCAGAGGCCAAGUUCCUCGUCUGGUCAUUAGGGGAAUAUGUCAUUACGCAGACUCCAGUGACAAAGAUCAGUGGGACGGGUACGCGUCGAUGGCCGCAGCCGCAUACGCGAAGGACUUUCUGAAAUACAACCCGCCAAAAACACUCACAGAAGAGCCGGUUGGAAGAGACCUCUCCGGUUUCUCGGCUUCAGCAACCGGCAUUCCAAGCGGGCUUCACGAAAAUGCACAUUCUCGUUUUGGACGCGUCACAUUCCGAGAGUAUCUGCGCGGAUUAUACGAUCAGCCCAUGGUAGCAUCGAUGCCUGGUAUAGACCCUGGCACUGAUCAUCCCAUUAGAUUCUCCAAAUGUAACCCGAUGUUUCACCAGUCAGCGUUGGUAGUAAUCUUUGCAGUCCUUUUCAUGCUCAGCGGAGCCACGAUUGCAACCGCGGUAUCCCAGAGCCGCGAGCCGGCUUGCGACCCGCGGCCGAGAGGCCUCCGCGCCGACGACGGGUUCUGGAUGCUGCUGAGCCAGCUUUCCCUCCAGGUCCUCUCCAUCUACUGCACCGUAUACCCCGUAGUGCUCAACACAGAGCUGAAGCUUUCCAUCGCAGGAUUCUGGUUCUGGGCGUCUCUGGCCGCCAGCUUCGUGGCUACCGUCACAGCGGCCGUGGCCUAUGCGUGGAGUUGGCAGGUGGCUGCCGUUCUGAGCUUCACAUCGAGUUUCGCCCAAAUCCUACCUGCAGGACAACUGGCAGCAAGUCUAGGUCCCGAUGAUACGAAAAAACGGAGGGCUCGAAGAACGGGAGUGUCCAAGGCGGAAGAAGGCCAUUAUGAUUAG